AUGCUGCCUGCAGCCCUGCCUAGCCAUGCCCUCGCCAGAUCACCUCCGGCGACCGGCCUGGCCGCCCGCCAUGCACGCCGGCCAGCCGGCCGGCUUGCGACUAAUUCUUUUAGUCCUUUCAACUUUAAAGAUCGCUGCCUCUGCGGGGAUCUCCGUGCUAUUGAUGCAACACCAAUGAGAACAAAGUGGGCGAACAUUUUGUGA